GCGGAGCCGAGCCGAGCCCAGCCGAGCCCGCCGGAACCGCUCUGCCCGGCUGUGCCCUGCCCUGCUCUGCUCCGCAGCCUCACGCCCUCCGUCUUCCCCUGGGACUCGGCAUGUCGUCGGGCGGCAGCCUCAGCACCAUGCAGCGGCUGGUGGAGCAGCUGAAGCUGGAGGCGGCCGUGGAGAGGAUCAAGGUCUCUCAGGCAGCUGCAGAACUCCAGCAGUACUGUAUGCAAAAUGCCUGCAAAGAUGCCUUGCUUGUUGGGGUUCCUGCGGGGAGCAAUCCCUUCCGAGAACCCCGAUCCUGUGCUCUACUCUGAAAACAGGGAAGGUCAUCGGAGAAUUGCCUUCAAGCAUGACAUGAAUAAUAACUGCCUUUCCUUCACAAGAAAAGUCUCCCUUUGUGUCCUGACUUUUAUGUGGCUAAAAACAGUGUCCUAGAUAUUUAUUCAUUUGUUCUUGUGAAUCUGUAUUCCACUAUCUUUUGGUAAUAUUUUUAAAGUUUUUUAAUGUAACUGUAUUAGGGUGGGUUCGAAGCAUACUGAAAACUAUAACACCAUUGAAAUCUCAACAAAAAAGCCCAGUAUUUAUUACAAAGAAGUGGCCGAAGUAAACGGGAACCGAGAGAAAGAGAAAACGAUGAGGAAAUACGACACCUUACUCACUCAGGUGUGAUUCAUGGGGUAUCUUACCAACUCCGAAUGCCAUAAAAUCCUCUGCAGCAGCUGCGUUUUUCGGAGGGUUAGUAGGCUCACACAUAGCAGGCGUCCCCAGUAAAGACAGCUUGGUCCUUCGUGUGGAGCAAGCUACCCCAAAAAACGAGCUGUGUGCUUUCAUACAAUCAACUGAGCACAUCUGCCUAGGCAGGUGUGGCCAGCACCUCCCCACCAGAGGUUCUCAGUCCCACCCCCUUGGUUAUACAAGUGCAUCCCUUCAGCGCAUGGAUGAGUACUUUGGAAUUUCCCUUCCACAUGCGCAGUCUGCUUCGGGGGUCUUUUCUAACUGAGUCGGGGGUCCUUACUUCAUCAACUCCUCUUUGUUUUCUCCUUCAAAUGUCCUUGACAGAUGACAAGCCAAUCACAGAACACCAUUUAAUACAGUUUAUACAAGAAGCUCUCUCUCCAAGGACGAAGUUCUCGUUUUAUCAGUGAACUUGGCAGGGAAAAUAUAAACUCUUACAGGUGGCUGGGCCAAACACAGACCAAAAGUGUCAACAUCCCUGAUACAGUAACUCUCAUUCUUUUCAUAAUCAUCACCGCUGUUACAUACUAUGCUAACUGUACAAAUAUUACCUAAGAAGUUUACAUUUUAGAAAUGAAAAACAUGCGAAUUUUUACCAAAUUACUUACUUUGGUCUUGAUAAACUGCAACACCAGAGUGAUAGCAAAAAUGAUUUUUUUUUUCCCUAAAGAAAACAACUCAAAACUGAAUAAUUAGGGUACAGAGCUAAAUGCUGUUAGUGCUGAAGUAACAUUCUCAGGGGGAAUUUUGCUUCCAUUAGCAAGACCUGGAGCCAAAUUCAGGGUUUUUUUAAGUGCAUCUCAGUGCAUAAAUGACACGUCUUAGACGUGCUGGACACAAUGUAUAGCAUAGGCUUGAUUUCUAAAGCAUGUUUUUUGCAAUACUUCUAAUCUGUAAUCCUUCUUCUAAUAUGUAUUUGUAAAAGUACUGCUAUGGUGGAAUUUUCUUGAUGUAUUUAAAAUGUGACCAAACAGACACUAAAAAUCCAGGAACACCCAAAGACACUUGCAUGCAUCACUGUCAAGGUUUGCAAUACAUGAAACUUACUAAAAUGUACUUGGUGAUUUGCCUUCACUUUUUUAUAGAGCACUUUUACAAGGAUAACUAACUUUUUUAAUAGGUUUUUAAUUUUGUCUACUUUCUAUUGUUUGUAUUAAUCUUUUAGAAGUUUGGAAAUAAAAUUCCUAUCACUAUUGGCUUUGAA